AUGGAGACAAUCCUCAAAGACAUCCAUGCAACUACCAACAGCCUCUUUGACUUUAGGGAUAUGUAUGAGUAUGAAAAUCGCUUGAAAACCUUCACUCAGUGGCCUUUUAAGGAGAAUUGCAAAUGCACUCCUGAAAAUAUGGCCAGUGCUGGUUUUAUCCAGUGUCCAAACACAGAUGAACCAGAUGUGGUGAAGUGUUUCUUUUGCUUGAUAGAGUUGGAGGGAUGGGAGCCCAAUGAUGACCCCUGGCAGGAACAUGCCAAACGUAGCAACGACUCUUGUGGAUUUUUGUCCCUUUCUAAGAAUUUUGAUGACCUAACAGUGGAGGAAUACUACGAAAAAGAGAUGGAGCGAGUCAGGGUUUUCCUUUGCAAAACUGGCAGAAGUGUAAUACAUGCCUUUGAAAAGGAAGUGGCCCUAACUAGAAAGCGCCUUGUGGAUCAUUUUGUGAAUAAAUACGAAUUUACUCCAGACUGGGAAAAACCACCCCAGACCUUCCUGCCGGGUAUAGAUUCUGCUGCAAAAGAACACUGUGUGUUCAUGGCUGAACAGAAGACAAUAUGUCAGAACGGAGAAGGCAAGCCCGCUCUGCUGACAAGCGCAACCAAUGGAAACAUAGGCCUAUGACAAGGGCGUGUAGCAUUGCCCAGAAAGCAGCUCUGAAGGGGAACAACUUGGUAAUAUGUGCUGGUAGACAGGGGAGAGGAAUACUUGGAUAUGUCUCUGUUCCUGAUGCUGGAAUUGAUCUACAAUGUUCUACAUGAAACCAGAAGUGGGGAAAAUGAGAAAAUAUUGGCCUUAUGAAACCCAAUGUUG